UUUGAGGAACCAAAUAACACAAAAAAAAUUCUCCGGUGUCUUAUCCUCAAACAAACAAAGCCGAAGGCGCUAUCUCAAAACGGCGAUCUCAAAGUGGACGGCGAAGAAUUUGACAAUGGCGUAUCCUCGCUAAUUUUCCUCGGCAUUGGCUGCUCCAGUGCGGUACCCAACGCCCGGUGCCUUAUCCUUCCGACCGAUCUCCCAUGUCAGGUCUGCUCCCAAUCGCUCUCCCUGCCUCCGGAGAAAAACCCUAAUUACAGUUGCAACACUUCUCUCUUGAUUGAUUAUGUCGAUAAAAAUGGCGCCCACAAGUAUAUAAUGAUUGAUGUUGGCAAAACAUUUAGAGAACAAGUUCUGCGAUGGUUUACGCACCAUAAAAUUCCUCGCGUAGAUUCGAUUAUUUUGACUCACGAACAUGCAGAUGCUGUGCUAGGUUUGGAUGAAAUCCGUGCAGUGCAGCCAUUCAGUCCAACAAAUGAAAUUGAUCCAACUCCAAUUUACAUCACUCAACAUGCAAUGGAAAGUCUUGUAGAACACUUUCCUUACUUGGUUAAGAGCUUCUCCAGCCGUUCCGCAAACAGGCGAAUGGAGAGCCUCAGACACCAUUUUUCCCGGCAUUCAGUCUGAUGAACAGUGCGAUGCGACAUUGGCGUCCCACUCAUUCUGAUAAAAACGCGAAAGAAAAGACAAUGAUUUUGGGGCAAAAUGACAUUACACUAGAGAUGAAUCACGACACUUUUUGAUUUUACUGCAUUUUGCAGUAAAAAA